AUGAAGGACAAUGUUGCAUUCUUUGCAAUAUAUGAUGGCCACGGUUCUGGGCUGGUUUCAGAACAAGUCCAUCAUAGUUUGCACCACUUGCUUGCGCAGCGUCCGGAAUUCGAACAUGAAGAUUGGGUGGGAGCCAUCAAGGAAGCCCUGGCCGAAGAAGACCGCAUUUUACUCGAAAGGUUCAAGCAUGAAUCUGCCGAACCUGCCCUUUCAGGGUCAACGGUGGCGAUAUGUUGCAUUAACCUCACCCAGGGCGACAUGGUCGUCUCCAAUCUAGGCGAUUCACAUGUUAUCCUGGCCGAGCGGGACCGGAAAACAGAGCACCCGUAUCAUAUACGACGUCUCACCGAGGCUCACAAGCCCGAAAUGCCCAGCGAAAAGGCCCGAAUUGAAGAUGCAGGCGGAGCAGUUGUCAACCGCAGCGGCACAGACCGGCUUGGGUCCUUGAACAUGUCUCGAGCAUUAGGCGACCUGCAGUACAAGAACCCGGUGAAUACGUUCACGGACAACUCCGUGUUAGACCCCUCCUCGGCUACCAGCCGAUCGGAAUCUCGGGGCAACUUCCUGUCCAAUGAACCCUAUACUUCGCGGCGGACAUUGCACACAGACCGCCGUUACCUGUUAGUGGUGGUCUCCGACGGGGUUACUGAUCGGGUGGACGACGCCAGCCUGGUGCAACACGUGAUGAAAUUGUCGAUGCGGGGAAGACCAGCGAGUGAGAUCGCACAAGAAAUCGCCACCAGUAGCGCCAAUACACCUCACAGUGACAAUGCAUCGUGCAUUAUAGCGAUGCUGGAUGGACAGGGAUCGUGA